AAAGGCACAAACCAUAAGAGGCUCCUUUAGUUUUAUUUGUUUGCGUAAACACGAAAUAAUACACUCAUUUGAUGAACAUUAGUGUAGCUCUGCUUGAAUCAACUCUUCAGUUUCUGCAACACUAGUCGUUCACUGCAAAUGUCAAACUCAUUUUUUUCAAGAGAUCCAGACAAGUUCAUGCCCAAGUUGCUGGAUCAUCUCAGAAAAGCCAGAGCCGUGGCCGACACAGAUGACGAAGCUUUACUCAUGAGAUUCAAAAAGAUGGAAGAUGAGCUUGAGAACAUCAAAGGCGUGCUACCCAGAGUGAAGCACUGGGAGCAAACUCUGGUAAACCAGUUCACUAACUUAGAGCGUCGCCUCGACAAGAUCAUCUUGGGCACUGAGACCUCCGUCGAGGCCAUCACCGCCACACUAAACCGCAUGUUUCAAAAUGUGGAGCAAAUCAAACUCUCACAUCCUCUAGUGCAGCUGAUGCCUUCACCCGAGCGCAGCUCCGAGUCGACAUGGACGCGCAGGUCUCAACCCGAGUUGAGUCAGGGAAUGUCACCGGAAUGGUCCGAAUUGAGCCUUGAAAAUUGGGUUGAUAACAGUCGGACUAUGGAGAAUACAAAGAGAAGCUAUGAACAUCUAGAGAGCGUUGAGUUGAAGAUGUGCUGUCUAUCUCUUUCAAUAUUCCCUCCUAAUUCUGUCAUAAAGAAGAGGCCUCUAAUUUACUGGUGGAUUGGCGAGUGUUUCGUCACAACCACUCAAGACAGGACAGCUGAAGAGACAGGUGAGGAAAUCUUCCGGAAACUCAUAACCUCGGGUUUGAUUCAAGUUCAACCGCAUACUAAUGCAAUUAGUUCCAUAGUAGUGAAUAGUUGUACGAUGCAUCCUUGGGUUCGUCAUAUGUUGGUCUCUUUGGCCAAGCAUGCUAAGCUUUUCGACUUCGAUUCAAGAUGGCCAAGGAUGCCGUCUUAUAAUAAAGAUAGUGUUUCAAGUUGUAGACGUGCAUGUUUAGUUUAUGACAACCCAAUUCCUGAGGGGUCUAAUGGCCGGAAAGUGGAGGAUCUGUUGACAGUGUUCAAUGUGAACGAACCGUAUCUUAGUUUGAAACGGGAAUGGCUUAAGAAGUUGAAAAAAGUUGAGGUGAUUCAGCUAGGACGGUGGCAGAACUCGGCUUCGCAUCACAUUGAAGUCGAAGAUGAAGGGUUUUUGAAAGGUUUAGGGGCUCAGAAUAAGCUUUUGAAGUAUCUUAGCCUCCGAGGGAUAUCAGGAAUUACCAAACUCCCUUCUUCUAUCUUGAAGCUUCUCAACCUUGAAAUUCUUGAUCUGAGGGCAUGCCACAGCUUAGAGACUUUGCCUCCAGAUAUCUCACCAUUGAGGAAUCUCACGCAUUUCGACAUAUCCGAGUGUUACUUGCUAGAAGCAAUGCCGAAAGGAAUUGAGAAACUGGCUUCUCUUCAAGUGCUAAAAGGUUUUGUGAUUGGAGAUUUGGAAGGAACUCCCUGCAGAAUUAGCGAUCUUGCCCAGCUGAGGCAUUUAAAGCGGCUCAGUAUACACAUGGGGAAUCAAGCUGAAGUUCAAAAGGGAGAGUUCCACAAUUUGAAGGAAAUUUUAUCUCUCCGCCACCUCAAACUGUCAUGGGGAGUGGUUUCUCCAAAAUUGAAAGCAAAAGUUGCCUGCCAGUCCUUGGAGUUCUCUUUUCCUCCGAAUUUAGAAAAAUUGGAUCUUCAAGGCAUCCCUCUAGCACAUGUACCAGAAUGGUUGAACCCUGUCCAGCUCAAGAAUUUAAAAAAGCUCUAUAUAAGGGGUGGGGAACUUGAUAGCUUGGAUCAUGGAGAGACUGACAAGUGGACAGUUGAAGUCUUGCGUCUGAAGCACUUGAAUAAUUUGGAGAUAGGUUUGCCAAAGUUGAAGGAUGAGUUUCCUCGUCUGCGCUAUUUGGAGAAAAUCAACUGUCAUGAGAUUGAAAAGGAUCGAUACGAUGAAGACAUUGUUUGGAGUGAAUAUGCAGGGUACCCCUGUAUAUGAGCAGGUAAGUAAUCAAUGAAGAGUAUUCUCAUUUCAGACGAUCUAGGAUGUCAGGCUAGGAAUUGAUUAGUUGUUAACUAAGGUUUGAAUCUUUUUCAUGUUAUUGAUACUAGUUUAUUUGCUAGAUUCUUAAUUGGUGAUACAGGAAAACAUAUCAUGUGUCAUCAAUCAGCUAAGUUCUUCAUUUGUGUCUGCAUAUUCUUAUGUUCAACAUGUUACAGUUGAGUGCCCUCUAUUUAAGUGCAUUCAUCGAUCCCACUUGUAAUUGCUAGGAUAAGAACAUAUAAUCAUCAGCAGCACCAAACUGUAUGCCUUGUUUACAUUGACUUCUCAAUUUCCAAUUUGGCACCAGAGGAGUUUUGCAACCACUCUUUGGCUGUUUUACCAAAUGAUAUAUGAGUUGAUAAAACAGGGAAGGCGAGGAAAGACAAAGUAUGUGUAAAUAUGAUAUGUCAAAAUAAAUUUAAAUCUUUGUGCCAAAUUCUUCAGCCUGCAGGAUUAGAUAGAAGCCAUAAAAUACAAGUUGCAGACAGGAAGAGUCUGGUACAUUAUGCUAAACAAAAUGGUACAUUAUGCUACCCUCUUGCAAAAAUAAUUCCGGGAUACUGUGUUUGUUUCUCUUUAUUUUUUCAAUUAAGGUGACAGUUCUGUCUAUUUUUUCAUCAGUUCAUGUAGCAGGUAGGUUCUCCUUUGUCAUUUGAGUUCUCUGUUUUUAGUUUGUUGGUGC